UGCCCAGUGGUUCAGGCCAUGACUCAGCACUUCCCAUACACUCCACCCCUUCAUGGCAUGAAUCAAUGAAGGAGUCAGCUGGAGGGUGAGCCUUCCCUGAUACAGGGAUCUGACAUAUAUACAAUUGCCCGUCGCAAUGCAGGUUGACACAAUGAGAGAACUGAUGGUCAGUUUGUGAUUGCUGUUCUCUCAUGGGCCAGUGCUCGAUGACAUUACUGGAGGCAUGCAGUUGUUUGGUGCAGGUCCGUCUCAUGCUCCACCAGUCCCACAUAGGCCAUCAUCGCAUGUCAUGCUUGAUGUCACAGCAACAUUGAAAUGCUUCUAUGACAUUCCACUCCUUCCGGUGAUCCUGGAGACUCAAGAGACUCACAGGGAGUAGUACAGGUUUUUCCAAUGGUACUAAGAGGGGGAGGUCUGCCUUCCACAACAAGAUUCAGGCUGUAUUCCUGUCCUGAGUCAACACUUUGGCUUGCACUGGAGCAUGUCCCUGCCGUCUGUACCACACCCUUUGGCCAGAUACCUGCAGCUGCAUAAGUAUAUCAGUGGACCCUCCCUCAGCUGCCAUGGCCAGCGGCAGGGAUUCAGACAGCGAGCAAGUGGUGCCUGAUGAAGAGGAAGGCCCAGAUGUGAAGGCGGUGCAGGCCCACUACCUGCGCAGCCCCUCGCCCAGCCGGUAUUCGAUGAUAUCGGACACUGAUACGGAGAGCAUAUUCAUGGAGCCUAUCCAUCUGUCAUCUGGUGUGGCUGCCAAACAAAUAAUCAAUGAAGAACUGAAGACAAAGCACAUCAAGGUAGAUGCAGUGUGUCCCAAGAUGUUGGAGUCUGCACAGCAGUUGAUGGUGGAAGACCUGUACAACCGAGUUAAGGAAAAGAUUGAUGACACCAGCUUGUUUAACACCCCAUGUGUGAUGGACUUGCAGAGGGCACUUGUAAAGGACAGGCUGGAGACUCCCAGGGAUGCUGUGGAUGAAGUCUGGCCUAAUGUCUUUAUAGCAGAAAAGAGUGUUGCAGUGAACAAAAGCCGUUUGAAGAGACUGGGCAUCACGCAUGUCUUGAACGCAGCUCAUGGUACAGGUGUAUACACAGGACCGGAUUUCUACAACGGUCUGAACAUCCAGUACAUGGGCAUUGAAGUGGAUGAUUUUCCAGAUAUGGAUAUCUCCAAACACUUCCGUCCAGCUGCAGAGUUCCUGGAUGAAGCACUGCUGACUUACAAGGGAAAAAUCCUUGUCAGCAGUGAAAUGGGAAUCAGUCGCUCAGCUGUGCUGGUGGCUGCUUAUCUGAUGAUCUAUCACCAUAUGACCAUUCUGGAGGCUCUGAUGACUCUAAGAAAGAAGCGUGCCAUUUACCCCAAUGAUGGCUUCCUCAAGCAGCUAAGGGAGCUUAACGAGCAGUUAUUGGAGGAACGAGAGUUGGAGCAUACUGGAGAUGAAGAUAUCACUCCUAGUCAAAGUCCUGUCACACACCCAAGGACAUCUUCUCGGCUGUCUGGAGCUGGGGACUGCGAAAGUGUCAUAGGACCCAAAGCACACUCCAUCACAGUAGAAGAAGAAGACAAUAGCAGCAUGUUAAGUAGUUUCAUGAGCUCUUCAUCAGUGGGAAAAACUAGCUGGGUUUCCAAACACUCCACUCUCAUCAGUGAGGAGGAAGAGGAGCAGUUAUAUGAGGAAUGGAGGAAGAAACAAGGCCUGCCUGCAAAGGAAUCAGCAACUGACCAUGGAAAAAGAGUGUCUCCAAGGCUUCUGGCUCAGGAAGGGGAGCAAUCAGAGGAGGAUGUGGAGCAGAGGAUCCAUGACUGGCAGCGCAGAAAUGAGAAAUACCAAAAGGAGGGUCCACGCAGAGAGGAGGAUGGAUAUUCCAGCAUGGGAGGAAGACCUUACCAAUCAGGUGAAUUUAGUGAUGAUGAGAGUGUGAGCAGUUUUGAGAUCCGAACCCUAAAGCAACAGUUGGAAGCCAGUAGCUUUAGCAGGACGAGGAGGAGACGCACAGACUCUGUGUCUUCAGAGAGCACCUGGGACAUGUGGAACCAGAGGCUGAUGGAAAUUGAGAAGGAAGCUGUUCAGAGGUAUCGUUCUAAGAAUAAAAAUGAUGGGGAGAGACAAUCCCCAGAAACAGGAAGAAAGGAAAGGGAUGUGGAUGAGGAAAGUGUGUUGUCAGACUGUAGCUCCUUCUAUAAUUUCUGCCAAAAGAACAAAGACAAGUUGACUCCUCUAGAAAGGUGGAAGAUCAAGAGGAUCCAGUUUGGCUUUCACAAAAAGGAUUUAGAAUCAUCAUCAUCUUCUGCACCAUCUCCAGCAGAAGAUGGCAGCCAGACUGGUGGGGAGGGGACCGAAGGGAAGAAUUUGUCAGAUGUUAACCUGAGUGCUUACCAGGCUUGGAAAAUGAAGCGGCAGAAGAAGGUAGGCUGUGAAAGCAAGGAGGAAUUUGUGGAGUUUGCCAAAAGUGAAGAUUCUGCUUCAGCUAAAAAGAAGCAGAGGCGUGUAGAGCUCCUUGAACGUUCAAAGAAAAUUUUAGAAGAAAGCCAGUCCAUGUGCAGCUGGGAGACAGACAGUACAAUGAGUGGGAGUAUCCCCUUGUCUGCUUUCUGGGCCUCAGCGCCUCCUGUGAAUGGUGCUGAGGAUGCAGCUUCUACACUGAGCAUGAAGACAAAUCGUUCAUCUUUAUCACAGACCAGGAGCAGCACUGGGGCAACGCAGCCAAAUGUUCCCCUUCCCAAUCUCCCAGUUGGCCCAGGUGACACGAUAUCUAUGGCAAGCAUUCAGAACUGGAUUGCUAACGUGGUCAGUGAAACCAUUGCUCAAAAGCAAAAUGAGAUCAUGAUGCUGUCCCGUCCAUCGUCUGCAAUGGCCUCCAGCAUAAUGUCAGGAGACCUUGGCAGGCGUGUAGAUGACGAUAAGGUUUCCCUUCUCAGUUCUCAGUGUGGCUCAUCUUUUUCUGCCUCUCAACUCGGUCAGCAGGACAUGCACAGGGCUGAGUCUCAGUCUGUCCUGUCUUCCAAUACCUCCGCGAGUGCAAGAGCAGAAGGAACUAGUUCAAACAUGAAGACUAUGCAAACAAGCAAACCACUGUAUAGCCUCUUUGCUGAUGAUGUUGAUCUAAAGAAACUCAGCAGGAAGGAGAAGGAGAUACAAAUGGAAAUGAGAGAGAAAAUGUCAGAUUACCAAAUUGAAAAGGUGAUAAGUGACAAUAAACGCAGCACUCUAUUUAAAAAAAAGGUGACCAAAGGAGAGGAAAAUGAAAUAGAAGACGAUGUAGAGAGUACAACAAACAACUACAGGCACCCAAUGCAAGCAGAUCUAGAUAGAAAUGAUGCAAUCUUUACUCUGUCCAGUCUAUCUGGAAACACAGGAGCACUGAAGUCAGAAGUAGAGACUGAUGUUACCAAGUGGCUCAGUGGCCUGAAAGCAGAAAAACAAUCAUCAUAUCAGGAUCAAAGUGAGAAUUUCAGAGAGAAAUAUAGCAGAUCAUCCAAAGUUAGAGAGAUGGAUUCUGAAACAUCCAGUUACAGAUUCUCCAGAUCCCAAAGAGAACAGCUUGACAGUUCUUCCUAUGAGUCAAAAGGAGAUUCACUGAAAACCAUGUCAAGAUUUUCCUCUGCUUCUGCAAAAGAGGACAAAAAGAUGUAUAAGUUCACAAGGUCAAGGGUCAGCGAGACAAGUUCUGGAGAAAAAAGCCCAGAACUGCAUGUUUUCAGCCAAACACCUGAACCAUCCUUUGACUCUGAAUCCCCUGAAUCAUCUACACAGAGUCGAAUCAGAUCUCAUCACGUGGAGGCGUGUGAAGAGGAGGCCAUGUCAGACACGUCAGAAUUUGGAGCUAAGAGAAAGUUCACCCAGAGCUUUUCAAAGUCGGAAGAAAAUGGAAAGAAAGAGGCAAAAGUGGAACAAAGUGAAGAGAGAUUUGCAUCUAGACAGUUCUCUCAGUACAAGCGAAGUGUGCGUAAAGAAGAGGAAGAAGAAUUGGAUGAUGAUGCUAUUAUUGCUGCUUGGAGAAGCCGACUGGAAGAAACUACUGCAAAGCUCCGUCGGAGAAAGGAAGAGUGACCAAGGAUCAGAGUAGAUGAACACAAGCAGAGUCUCAGAGUCCCAGAAUCACUCAUCAUUAUAUUUCUGAUAAUCCUUUGUGGUUUGCAGGGCAUUUCCUGCAGAUAGUCCUUUUCUUAAUCAAAAGCGAUAAAGGGAAGAGGUCAAGUUUUGGAAGUGUUUGUGGUUUUUCAGAAAGAAGAUGCUAGUAUUAUAUGAUCAAUGUAGGUAGGAACACAGUGUUAGAAGCCAGGUGAUGUUUCAGCAGCAAAGUAACGGUAGCACCUCCAUGUGAAAGACCAAUCACAUCACAUUUUGAUUAUUUCAAUUUCCUAGUUUUGUUAAAGACUGAACAUAUAUUUUUCUAGGAUUUUUUUGAUCAUAAAAGGCAGAAGCCAACAGCCUUUUCUAGGAACUUGAAGAAUGUUCCUGUCUUAAUCAGUUUUACUUUAUACCACUGAAAAGAUACUGCUCCUGGAGAAAGGCUCCAUUUUCUAUACCAGUCUUAUGAAUGUCUAAAAAAAUAAGACUCUUCAGGAGAAUACAGGUACUGUCUUCUUUCAUUGAGUAGAUGUAGCAAAGUCAAAUACUAGAAAAAAGAAAAUGCCUCCUUCUUUUUAGAAGUAUAAGGCAGUAAUGAAUGUAUUCCUGUGGUACAGUAUUUGUCUUUUAUAUGGAAUUACCUUUCCUUCUUGGUUGGUUCCUGCUAAUAACUUUGGGCCAAUGAAGGAAAAUGCAGUAAUACUACCAUCAGUCUAAAAUCCAGUUCAAGACUCAGAGUUAGGGUGAAGAUUAGUGUUAGUUUAGGCUGUGUUUCUGGAGCACUGGCUUCAAUUUGUUUGUAUGCAGCUCAGAUGAGUCUGUGCUCUCAUGUCUGUGGUCAGAUUGUCAUGUCUUGAUUUUCAAGACAAUUACGUUAUUGGAAAAGUGAUACACAAACUGACCUCAUAAUAAAACAACGUAUAACUGAAGUGCUGAUAGAAGACACUGUGCAAAGACUUCUCUAAGGACAAAAUCUAUGUCUAUUGAGAGUGGUGCUUUGAAGCUUGAUGUAGGAGGUGGUGGGUUUAGUUGGUGUGUUACAAGUCUUUGACACCAGAUGACACCCUCCCCCUCUCUCUUACGAACACCUAGGCCAGUUUCUCUGGGUUUCUUCUCUGGAGUUAUUUGUUCCCUCUCUGGGCCCUCUGGCAGAGCUGAAUAUAAAACAGCAGUGAAGGGAUGAUGCAACAGCACAGCAUCACUCUCUUGCAGAAAGUUGUCUUUCCUGUCUUCUCUCUCUCACUGUAAUGCUUAGGGCUUACUAUACUGUUAUGCUAGCACCUCUCACUGUUUUAAUUGUGUAAUAUAGGCAGUAAGCUCCACAGGGUCUAGUUUUUAUCCUUCUCUGUAUGAUGCCACGCACAUCAGCAAUGCUAUCUAAAUAAUGGUUACUAAUAACAAAAUGCAGGUGCCGAUUUUCCUAAACUUAGAAUCAUUUAUCUCUACUCUAACUCACUGAUUAGACAUUAUCCGUGCUUCUCUGAAGACAAAGAUGACUCUUUCUGACAGCCAGGACCAGGGCAAAUGAUAGCUGCUUAUUGUCAGGUGAAUGGAAUCUCAAAAUCAGGUGAUUGAACAAUAACAGGGCUAGAAAAAUAAGGGGAAGAACAUAUUUUACUUGUGUCUUUUUUUUUUUUUUGAGUAAGCACAGAUUUCAUUUUUGAAGUACAUAAGGAACAUUGUCUUGUUAAUGUUCCAGGCAUUCAGAGGUGCUGCAAGGCUUAUAGUGCACUGCUACUGCAAUAUAAUACACAAUACAAUACAAUGCAUCCCUUACUUCUGCAUAGUUCUCUGAGGUUUUUCUUCAAAGUGGUGGCAUUUCAGGCUUUGAUCCACAUUUGGAGAUUUUACAUUGAAUUUCAGCAAUGUGCUAAAAUAGGUAUUUUCUGCUUUUCUCUACCUCUGGUAAAGUUGCUCUGUGCGAAACAAUGUGAUGCUUAUGCUCAAUUGGAGCUUACUUUAAUUUCAGUCUAAAAAAGAUCUCAAGUGUGAGCACCGGAUCUGUCCUCUGUCUUCUCACAACAGUAAGCAGUUACUUCAGUUUUGACGGAUCAAAGUGAAAGUGCACAACACCUUCUGGCAGUGAAUCUGCUCUUUUACAAAGGCUGUUCCCUCUGAAAAUCUCUCUCCCGCUUCCUAAGGCUGCUGCUGCUCUCGACAGAGAACGCCUGUCCUCCGCAGGUACUGUAGGGGGCAUCUCACGCUGUAAAAGAUGAGCAUCAUACGAUGUAGUAAUUGGUUUCAUUUUGCACUGCACAGCACAGCCUUUGUUUGGGUAGCAUUUUGAUUUAAACAGUAAUCCAGGUCUGCAGCACAAAUAAAUUAUUCAAGACCGAGGGGCAGAAUAUGGUUCUGUAAGCAGCCUGAGCCAAACCAUCCUGAUAGCGAGUUUUGACCCUUCUGGGAAAGGGUUAAGUGGGUUCUGCUGACUCACUGAGGUAGGUGGCUUAUUAGUUCCCUUGUCUAAAAGAGAGAUAAAAAUGGCUUGCUGGGGAGAAGCCGUCUAGGAUGCUGGCUGGGCAGUCAUGAGGGAGAAGCCUUAGAAACAGCUGAACUUUAUUUUCUUAUUGCUUAUAUCCUUGUUAAUAAAGCCAAACCCCCAAAGCAAUAAGGGGGUGGGGAUAAUUUUGGACUCCAUUCAGUGUAUGGCCUGUGCUUGAAAGUGAGUUGGGAAAGGCUCCAGCUCACAAGUAUAAAUUACAUGAAACAGUGACAUAAAGACCUUGCAUGGUGAAAAUAUUAAAGCAUUCAGUCAUAAGACCAAUAACCAGGAGAGACAGAAAUGAAGGGGUUGAAGGGAGGCUAGAAAGUCGGGUUUUAAGAUUAGAUUUUAGAAGGAGAUAUGGAAUCAGUGAAAGAGGAAAGGUCUGCACCAAUUGUUUCGGGUGACCAGAGCCGCAGAGGGAAUGUUUUUUCAGCAAUGACACUAGUCUGACAUUAGACUAAAAGAGUAGGUAAGUAUCCAAAUUUAUCUGGGAAGGAUCUUUCAGCAAAUAUGCACUGGGGCCGAUGUUUUUCUCAGCCUUACUUGGCUGCUGUUGGCAGGAAGGUGGGUUUUUUUUUUUUGGCAUUGUUUAGUGAAAGGUGAAAGUGCAAGGAGCAUCCAUACAGUCAGUUAAGAAUAUAAACACAAGAACAUCAGAAGGUCUAUAUAGGGUCAGACCAAAGGUCCAUCUGGCUCAAUAUCCUGUCUCUGAUGGAGACCAACAGUGAAUACCUAGGGAAGAAUAUAAAAGCAGUGAUAUAAGUGAUUUUUCCCCAGGAUGAUCUCCCAGCUUCCAAUCAUUUGCAACUCAAGGACUUCCUGAGCCAAAUGUGAUAUUUUUGUAUUUAAUAGCCCUUGACAGUUUUUCCUUCCAUGGAGGUGCCUAAUCAUUUUUGAGUUAUAGCCAUUAUAGCCUUGUACCUGUUAGCCUCUAUGAUCUCUUCUGGCAAGAAGUUCUACACUUACUAUGCACUGAAUGCUAAACCAUCGCACAGUUUCUGUUCUGAACCUGCUCCUUACUAGCCUACUUCAAUGCCAAGAUACCAAUCCCUGAUUAGAAUCUACACAACUGACAAGAUUUUACCCACUUCUAUCAUUAUGUCUCACCUUAGCUGUCUGUUUUGCAGCCUAAUGGAGUUUCUCAUUCCUCCUAUGAGAGCUGGUCCAUGUCUCUGAUUACCCUGACCAUUCUUCUCUGAACCCUUCACAGUUCUACUUUAUCAUGUUUGAGAUGAGCGACUGAGUCCUCACACAGUGUUCACAGUGCAGGUGCAGCAGGGAUUUAUCCUGUAGCACAAUGGCCUUCUUUAUUUUUCUCUCUGGCCCUUCCCUGUCAUCUCCUAACAGUUCGCAUGCUUUUUUGGCUGUUGCUGAGCACCAAGGUGACAUUUUCAUUGAACUAUUUAUUAUAGCCACAAAAUCAUGCUGCUGGGUGGCAGUGGUCAUCUCUGAGAUCAUCGUUUUAUAGGCUAAAUUUUCCUAUGUGCAGUGCUUUACAUUUAUUAACCUUGAACUUCAUCUACCGUUUUAGCGCUCAGUGUCUCAGUCUCAUUAAGUCCUGUGCUUUUUUCACACCUGGCUUCUCAUUUCUACUGUAGAAACCCAGGCUAUGUGGGAAACAAAGAAGUAAAGGAGAGGUAACAGGACAGAGAAACACACGUGAUGUUGGUCUGAGUGAAAUAAGUAAGAAAACGAUGAAAGCUGGAGAGGUUGGAGAUAGGAAGUAUUGAAAGAGAGAUGCAAAGACAAUAGGCAAAUUAAGGAGCAGAUCUACAGCGGAUGAAAAAGCAAGAUAUCUGUGGGAGCCAAAGGGGCUAAUGCCAAAUAUUCAUCAUCUGUUUACUUGUAUAACAGUUUCGGUGAAAGACAGUGGGGCAACCUCUGUGGGAAGGAGGAGGAUGGUGGGAUUUACAGAAAUUAUGGAUUUCUGGGAAAUGUGAAGAGGGCUGGAAGAAAUGGUGACAGACAUUGACGGGACAUAAAUGAGAAAGUGGCAUCUGUGCUAGGUUGGGAAUUCAACAAGCAGGUUUGGAAGGAAGUGGAAAUAUUGCCAGAAAUAGUUAUUCCCGGUGUAUCAGCUGUAUUCUGCAUGGCUGUACUGGCAGGGCAGGGCUAUAGCCCAUUUCCACCACCCACCCCCCCCAAGGAUUUUCAGGGCAAUUUGUUUUAUUGCUCGUGGCUCUAGUUUAGACUGGGUAAUUUUAAAAGGCAUUUAGCACAAUUUCGUUUUUAUACAGCUCCUUGAGAAAUGCUUACACAUUAGUUGUAGUGGUGAGCUAGAUGAAUUAUGAGACAAAAAGUUUUAGUUGGGGAUGGUUAUGCUGCAUUGUCUGCAUUUCCUUAAAAGGUUUAGCUGAAAUAUAUUGGAUAUAUACAUUAUAACAUGAAAACAUAGUAUCCAUAUAACCUUCUAAAUUUAUAGACAAUCUAGCGGAGAUGCAGAAAGCAUGGGAUUAAUACAGUCUAGGGCUCAGAAGCAGAAACUGCAUGCUCAUACACUCCAGCAAAAUCUCUGUGAAAGCUCCCUACCUGCUCUACGGAGUUUCACUUCUCAUUCAGAAAAACCAAACUGCAUUAAUUUUCUGCCUGUUUAGUUGUGAAGGAACCUUCAAAAAUGUAAACCAUGUGUAACAAAUAAACAGUUCUCCAGAGAGAUGGGAUCAUAGCUCUAAAUGGUGCAUGAAUUGCCCCAGUCUCUAAGCAAGGUGUUCACUUCUUUGCCUGGGAUUAAUCAGUUAAAUGCCAACAAGAUCUGUUGUAUUGCUCUUCGUGUAAAAAGUGGUUAGAGGUUAAAAGUAGGUUGGGGUGAGGUGCAGGAAUAGAUUGCUUACGUUGCUGGUACUAGCAUAAUCAGUUUAAAUGAACUCUCUGUUGUUUUGGCUAACCCUAUGAACAAACAUUUUUGGGGUAUGGAAGAAUCGUAUCUUUUUUUUUUUUUCUUCUGGACUGCCUUUUGCUUUUCAGUACAUUAUACUUUAUUCAGGAGCUGAUUUCAUGUUACUUCCUUUUAUCCCUCUGUUACAAUUCAGUGUCUUCUGAGCUGAGUGUUUUCCUGCACCUGCUGUUCCCCUACCAGAGGGUGCACUCGCACCCACUCCCACACAUGCACACAUACAUACACAGACACAAAGUGAAAACAUCAUUUUUGAGUCAUAAGAGCAGGCAACAAUAUGGUUUCAUUCCUCCCCAAGACCAACAGAUAAAUGUAGAUGUUGGAAUAUCUAUGUUAAGCUACGCAGAUGUAGUGGUGCAAAAAUCACCUCAGAGAGCAGGAGAAGGGACAGUCCGCCCCUGCUUUGAGCUUUCCCCUAUUUACUGUGUUUCAUGGAUAUCUAUUAUCUUUAAAAUAGAUAAACUUAAUCCAUAUGCAAAAAAAUGUAACUGCUCCCACAGCAAUUCAUACCUGGGAAAUUUCAGGCAGAGUGGUUAACUUUUAGUUAAGGCAUGGGUGUCCUGGAAGACGCGGCUGAGUGUAAUGGGAAACUAGCUUCAUUGUUAACUGUGGAGAGAACAAUGUCACUCCAUAAUCAAUCAAUCAAUCACUUAAGUGUUUUCCAGUGCACCCUUCAUGCCAACAUGCCUGAAUGCUUUACGGUCAUUAAAUUAAAUCAAAGAACACACCACAAAAUGGACAAGGCCAGAUCAAUAAAUCUUGAAACCUGAUUCAAACUUACCAAGGACUCUGAACAAGUAGCCACGAAAGGAGGAACGAAUCCAUUCAGAAGGGCAUGUACGUAGGCAUAAAACUGAACCAAGACAUCGUUGAUGUUAGUUAGAAGACAGAAAUGCCUAAAGUAACUGAUCGUUUUUAAGGCAUCACCCGACUACCAACAGCAUCUACCACCCUGAGCUCACAGUCCUAUAGUCUUUUUGGACUUCUGUGUGACAUUUGAAAACAGCUGUGGUGGCAAUAACUGUUUACAACUGACCAGACAGCUAUAUGCUUCAGGUCACAUACUGCCAGCAACAUACCUAACUUCAAAGGUUAACUUGUUUGUGAUCUCUACAUUUGAUUACUGCAGGACACAUCAGUUGGCAUUAAAGAUUGUAUGACUUCACUCAUCUUCAAGGGCCAGCCUAGCAAUGUGAUCUUUGUAAUGACUGUAUUGAAUGCAGAUCCGGUCCAAGGCCUUCUGCUGGUCUGGUAGAUCAUCUCUCCUUGUUGGAGAGGAGGGCUUUAUGAUACCACAAUAUUCUUUAUGAAACUGCCAAUUAAUGGGAAGCUUUAUACAUUGUGCUUGUAGAAAUUUCUCAGUAACUGCCAUAACCUACAAAGGUUCACUCACAGAGCAGAUAAAAUGACCACAGGCCUCACUACAUCCAAAAUUAAAUGCAAAAUCAGGUUCUUUAACUUAGUCUUCUCUCCCUCGAUAAUUUUGCAAGGCAUGUGCCGCUUAGUCUGUGAAUUGGAUCAGAAGUAUUGCCUGGAGGCAAAGGGUCAGAGGAGAUUCCACAUAUGAAAAGCAGGAGGCCCUCAAGAGGGUGCAACCUCAGUUGCUGAACAGACACCACAAAUAGGAUGGAUAAAAGCCCACAUGAAACUCAGGUAUGUGAGCAAGCAGAAGCUGACAGUCGCCUCUCAGGAAUGCAGUAUAAAGCUUUCACUUCUGCAGGAGAUGAGAUCUGAAAGUGUGCUUCUUGGGAGCAAUCAGACCUGACCUGUUGCAUGGUGCUGCAGUUGCAUAAUUGAAUAGUUGUCUCGAUUCAUCCCAAAGUGAGUGUUCUUGGUGGUAGCAGGCAUAGAAAAUUUGUAAGUCAUUAGGGAUAAAAGGGCCUAUGCAAGGAAAGGUCAGACAUUAUCCUCAUGACCGGCAGAAGGAGUCCAUAUUAAAACAAAGAAGGUAUUUGAUUUUCUUUUGAACAUGGGCAGAUGAUUCAGACCCACCUGCCCUUCAUAUGCUCUGUCUCUCCCCUUCCCAUCUCCUCUCUUUUGAAACAGAUUUGAGUCCAUCCACUUUUAUAUUUUCAAACAAAACUCAUAAAAGGGCCAUAAAUAUCAUGACUCGCUAAAAUGAAAGCUGUUUUCUUCUCCUCCCAGGAGACUCCUGCCUGAGAGAGAGACAGAAAGAGUUCACCUCUUUGAAAAUUCCCCCCUCAGCCGAAGUAAAGCUGGUAUCUAAGAGCAGUCUUCAAGGCUUUGUUCUUAUCAUCUUGACCUGGCUUUGUACCGGCUUCUCUCCGUAUUGCCUGUGGAAGUGUGAAGGACGGGGCGAGGGGAAGGAAUUUUGGCUAUCACUGGCAGAGCAAGGGUCAUGCUUGGAAAAGGGAUCUCAUUGUGGUUUCAGAAAAUGUUAUAAACUCAGCACACCGGCAGAAAGAAUGAAGAAGCUCAUUCCCCUGCUAGAUCAGACCAGUGAUCCACCCCUUUUCUCUCUGAUGUUGGCCAGAACAAGAUGCAUCUUAGAAGGUCUAAAGAAAGCCUAAGUGGGCAAUUAUGGGAUAACCUGCCCUGAGUCGAAUUUUCUCCCUGCCUGGCCCAAAGUCCUCCUUCAUCUCUCUGUCUUGGUUAGAGUUCAAAUUUCUUCCCUGAAGCAUGACGGCUUCUCUCCCUUCCAAACUGCUUUUCAUCCUGGCCUGUCUAAUGCAGCUGCCUAUGACAGUGUUGUGAUGGGAUGUAUAGGUCUUGUCCAUUGAGAGCCUGUGACAGAUCAUAGCCUUACUGGAAAGAGAGACGGAGAGGUGAAGAGAAGGCAAGGGAGGAGAGCACAAACUCAGAUGAAAUAUCCAUCAGGAAGAUGGAAAGAAGAGUGAGUGGCUGAGAAGCUAAUUGCUGCCUGCUGACCUGGGCUGUGCAGAUAGCUUGCAGGUGAGCAUUUUUGCUUUUCAGAAAUUUCAGCCUGGAGCACACUAGGAAAUUCAGGUCUUGGAUGAAGCUAGUGUUCAAUAAUACUUCCCCUUACAUAUAUGUGUGUGUAUAAUAUAUAUAUAUUUUACAGCUGUAGAAGUAUUAGAGUAGUCCUGAGAAAACUAUUCUGUUACAUUCUGAAGGAACUUUUUCUUACGCUUCAGUUCAUUACUCAUUUCUGGAAAGAAGUAUUGGAGUAACCAGGAGCUACUAGACAUAGAACAGCAAUGAAAAACAGGUUGUUCUUCUAUUUCUGCCUGACUUAGGAACACAAAGCCAGGUGUUCCUCUGUAUGUAGGGCCUCAUCCCUGUCGUAUGAACAGGGAUGGCUGCUCAUAUAGUCCAGCUAGAGCAAAGAUCUUAUCCGAUAGGCUAGGGUCUCCAACCAAUAAAAUAAAAUAAAUAAAAUAAUAGAAUUAUAGAUAAGAUAAUCCAAACCAGUGCGGAACCUCAUUCGAGCUCAUUUCUUCUUCACAACAAAAAGGAAUCAUGAGAUCAUACUGUAAACCACAGAAAACAAGGCUGUCUCUUGGAAAGUAUCUCCUUUGCUAAAUCCUAUGGAUCAUCUUAGUAAGCUGUUCUUUUUUUCUGUAUGCAUCCUUAACACUGGGGAACAAUAUUAUUUUUCCUGUCAGCUCACUGAAGAGGCAGCUGGCAUAAUUCUUUCCAAUAGCAGACCUCUGGCAGAGCUUUGCGUCUUCUGCUUCCUGAAGUGAUCCGUGCCCAGGCUUUCUCAGUGCAUUUCCCCCCACACUGGAUACACGGGAUGCCAGAAAUGCAGGGGUUUAGUGCCAUCCAAUUCUCAUGCUAGAUUUUCUCUGAUGACUAGAUACCCAGGUGAGGCUUUUACUUACAAUCUGUAGCACGACAGAGCAAUUACCCUUUUAAGCUGCCAUUUACAAGUUCAAACAACUAUUUUUUUCUAAACCUGUAGCACAGUGCCACUGCCUGGUAUGGAUGGGGUGACGGGAAUAAUAUUGCACUGUCUUGAUCUCAUACAUGCGUCCACAGCUUGGUCUGAUGACAGCCACAUCCUAUAAAAUAACCCCUCACGCUAUGUGCAGCCUCUCUCCUCUGUCCACAACUGAGUUCCCUUUAUAACUCCAAUUUUGCCAUGAUGACAGCAAUGCAGCUAUUUCAAGUGCAUAGAAAUGGUGAAUAACUUGCCUAUUAUUCUUCCCAGUCACCUUUCUCCUUGUCUCUUCUUCAGUCAUGAAUGUCCUGGAGAAGAGAUCAUCCUUGCGUGGCACUAGGAAAUUCCUUAGCUCUCUGGGAGAGAUACAGUAAAUAAAAUAUGAUGCUAGAUUCUAUUUUCACUAUAAAAAAGAGCCACGUUAUGACCUGAUUUGGUGUGAUUAUACUGUAAAUAGGCCAUAAACAGUCAAAGGGAAAAUAACCCGCAAUAUUCACACCAUUGAGAGACUGUGUAUUGGUAAUCACUUUUUCUCCCUGCUGUUCAAAAUAUUUUCCAAGUGUCCCUGAAACUGCACUGAUAGCAAAAUGUGGCCCAAUUCAGGGGCUUUAAUGGUAUUGCUAAGUGGAAGUGAUUUUUCUCCUAGAAAUUUUCUGUGAAAUAGUCUCUAUUUUGCAAAAAUGAAAUCAUAGCUAUUUCACUACAAAAGCAUUAGAAAAAGGUAGAGACCAUCAAAAGUAUUCCUGAGAAGUCAGUCCCAUGUUUCCAAAAAAUUUUGUCCAAUUAAGGAAAAAGUAUUAACGUUGUAGAUAGAGUGGCAUUCCUAUGUGAAGAUGUCAAAGAGUUUUUUUCAGUGUUGGUUGCUGAAGCUAAUAGGGAACUUACCUUCCAUUUUAUACAUAGGGGAAUAAGAAUAGAUUUUUUUUUGCCUCUAACUCAUUUUUUCACCUUUUUUGGAAUAAUUGUCAUACUUUCUUCACCAUACAGAAAAUGAGGAUUUUUAACCAGCGUUUUAAUUCACCCUUACAACCACAAACCUUCAUGGAGAACUGGGCCACCCCUGCCUAUCGUGAUGCUAUAGAAGAGUUGCACCUAAUGACCACUUCAUAGAAUCCUAGAAUCAUUAAGGUUGGAAAAGACCACUAAGAUCACCCGGUCCAACCACCAGCCCAUCCCCACCAUGCUCACUAACUCAGUGCCACCUCUACACGUUUCUUGUACACCUCUAGGAACGGUGACUCUACCAUGUCCCUGGGCAGCCUGUGCCAGCCUUGAUGCAGACAGAAUUCUCUUUGUGGGGAAGGUCUUUUCAUUUAUUUAUUUAUUUUUGCCUGAUAUUUAUAAACAGCCUUUCCAAAUAUUUCCCCUUCAUGACCUCUCUUUAUUUCUCAGCAUCCUUUUGGACUUUUUGGUAUGAUAAAGUAGUAUCUAAGGGUGUUGUUAUGUACUGUUACUCCAUGAGUAUCCAGAGAACUUCACUAGCACCACUGUAACAUGUAGAGCAUACAGCACAAUUCAAGAUAUUCUCACCCUAAGAAAGUUGCAAGUUAAAUGAACAAAACAGACCCAGGCUGGGAGAAAGAGAUGUGUCUGGCAGCGUAUUUGAGACCCAGUAACUGAGCCCAACAUUGUACAAGAAUAGAAUAAGACCUUGAAAAAGUUCAAAAGACUGAAAAUUCAACUCACUAACAAAGUCAUUCUCCUUGAGCAAUCACUCAGCUGUAUGUGGCACAAUUAAACACUCUCUGGCCUCAAGAGAGCACAUGCGUGACUCUAAACUAGUGAUUAAGUGUUCGCUGGAGAGGGGGAGACAUAUGUUCCAGGCCUUUUUCCAGAGAAUAUACAACGUGAGAGAGUUAAAGAUUCAUUAGUGCAGGCUUAUCCCCUCCCAUGUGAGUGUUCCUGACUGCUAACCACCAAGCUGUGCUUUGUCUUUCUGGCCAAAAGAAUACUGA